AUGAACACACUCGAUGGUCUUCUCGACCUCCCAUGUUUGGCCCUCUUGAUCCGUCACGUCAUCGCGACUCCAUGCGCGGCGGACUCGCCACACGGCGGACACAUCUGGGGCCCGAUUGACCCAAUCAGCGAGACGCUGGACAGUACAGAGGCCAAAGUCUUUCAUGCUAAGCUGAGGACUGGACUACACAACACGAAGAUUUUCAACAAGCUCAUCGACCGUGCACGUGGUGAGCCUUGUGGUGGAGCUGAAGUCAUGUUUCUACUGGUACUGGCUACGCAGCUUCGAUCAAUAGUGCUGCAGACUACUGCCAUGUUCGUGUGCCGUUGCCCAAUGCACAACGGAUGGGGUCGCGCACUACAUGCGAUCUGGUCAGACAAGAAGCUCGCUGCGGGCGCCUUUGCACAAUUAAAGAGUGUGCAGCUGGACGGCUUGGACUACCGCGAUCGGCAUAUGGUCAAAUUUGGCGAACCCACUCCCGAGGGAUCAUUGCGAGAUCUGGCAUCAGUCAUGAGCCUGCCCGGCCUGAGCAAGCUGACUAUGCGUGGUGUGCCUGAGUGCUCAAGUUCUGACAUCACGCGAGCAACACGACCGUUCGUGAAAGGUCCCGCUGCACUCGACUCACUAGAGAUCUUGCAAUCACAGCCGUCGGUGCAAUUGAUGAAGAAAGUACUGGAGACCUGUGAUGCUCUGCGGGAUUUCCGCUACGAGAUCCGACACGUGCACUUCUGGCAUCGCUAUGAAAGCAUACAGGCUGCGGAUUACAUGGCGACACAAGAUCUUGAGAGCGCCCUUCGCAUCCAGAAGGACUCCCUCAGGUCCAUCUCGAUCACCUACUCCGACGAUCAGGUCGAUCCAAUGUGGAGAUAUCGGCCUUUUAUGAGCUUCUCGGACUUCAAGCAGCUCAGUCAUCUCGAAAUCGAUUGGACGCUGCUGUAUCUGCACACUCCUGGACUCCGACCACCGAGGGAUUUCCUGUCCAAGAUCAUGCCAGCGAGUCUCACGCACAUCAAGAUUCACUCCAAAAGCGACCUGUCCCCGCUUCCAGACCUGAUGCUCCCACUCAUCCCGCUACGUCGUCGCGGUCUGCAGCGUCUGGAGAUUUCAUUUCCUGCGUCGAAAGCAGAUAAGCAGGUUCGCGACCUACUCUCUCGCGCCGAUGAGAUGCCAAGUAUGGAUCGACUCUUCUCCAUCGGCUGGGAUAAGCAACACCAUGACAGAAAGGCCGACUAUGUCACUGCGCGAAUCUCUUUGGCAUGCUGGGAUCUGCAAGCGUGGCCAGAACUGAGCCUCGAACAUUUGUCGGCGACCAUCAGACUCAAGGGGGUGGAAACGAUCAUUCAGACUCAGCUUCAAGAUCUAUUCCUGGAGCAAUCAUUCUCCCAGCGUUCGGAAGGCCUGUGA